CGCAGCUUCUACGAUUUGCCUAUACAGUCGCAGGUGCCACAAAGACCAGAGACCAAAAAUGGCGGAACAUGGCAGCAGUUCCGAAGCGAAGAAAAAGAGCCUCAUACUCAAUGCCUUUGUGAUGAUGUGCAGUGGCCACCAAUCGCCCGGGCUAUGGCGACAUCCCAGUGACAAGUCCUGGCGGUUCAAAGACACGGACCAUUGGGUUGAGCUGGCCAAGUCAUUGGACCAGGCCAAGUUCCAUGGCAUCUUUAUCGCAGACGUUCUCGGCGGCUACGAUGUCUACUCCAAGUCUCUUGAGCCAUCAAUCAUCUCUGGAGCGCAGUGGCCAGUUACCGAGCCACUUUCUGUAAUCCCCGCCAUGGCGGCGGCGACAAAGAGCAUUGGCUUCGGCGUCACGGUGUCCACUACGUAUGAACAACCGUACCACCUCGCGAGGAGACUUUCCACAAUUGAUCACCUCACAAAAGGAAGAGUGGGAUGGAAUAUCGUCACCAGCUACCUGGAAUCGGCUGCGAAGAACCUCGGCCGCACGGAGCAGCUUGGCCAUGACGAAAGAUACGCGCAAGCCGAAGAGUACAUGACGGUCAUUUACAAGCUGCUGCAAUCGUCCUGGCGCGAUGACGCCGUCGUGCUCGACCGCGAGCGCGGUAUCUACACCGACCCGCGCCUAGUACGCCAGAUCAACCACUCGGGCAAGUAUUUCUCAGUCCCCGGACCUCACAUUGUCGACCCGAGCCCGCAACGAACUCCGCUCCUUCUUCAGGCAGGGGCAUCCAAGGCCGGCAAGCUAUUCGCGGCCCAACACGCCGAGGCCAUCUUCACCUCUGCCCACGCGCCAGCCGUGUGCGCGAAAAACAUCGCCGAGAUCCGGCAGACGGCCAAGGAUGUCUUCGGGAGAGACCCGAGCAGCAUCAAGGUCCUGGCCCUGGCCACCACCAUACUCGGCAGGACCGAGGAAGAGGCAUUGGCAAAGUACGACGACUACAAGCAAUAUGCGUCGCUCGAGGGGGCUUUGGCACUCUUUGGUGGCUGGACGGGCAUUGAUCUGAAUGAAUAUGGCGACGAUGAAGAGCUCAGACAGGUAGAGAGCAACGCAGUCAGGUCAACCGUCGAGGCCUACGCCAAGUUCUCCCCGGCAAACUCCAAGUGGACCAAGCACACUGUAGCGGAGCACGUUAGUCUUGGUGGAAACGGCCCUCUCUUUGUCGGCACGCCCUCUCAGGUGGCAGACGGUCUUGAGACCUGGGUUCGCGAGGCCGACGUUGACGGCUUCAAUUUCGCAUACGUGGUGUUCCCUCAAUCAUUUGAGGACAUUAUUGAGCUUCUCGUCCCCGAACUUCGAAAGAGAGGCUUGUUCUGGGAUGACUAUGCCGUGCCGGGUGGCACUUAUCGGGAGAACUUUUAUCGGAAGCCAGGGCAAAAGUACCCUCCCGCCGAGCACAUUGCGGCAAAGUAUCACUGGCCAGCGGAAGUGGAUGCAGAUCAGUUCGAGACAACCCAGUGAGCGAUGCCUGCCUGUGUUAGAGGCAGCCUGGCUCUGCCGGGUGUCCAUGCGAGUUCUCUGGAAGUGACAGCAAGUUCAACUCUUGCUUGAUACGAAGUAGCAGCAGCCGGCCCGAUGCUAGGUGGUCUGUAGAAUCGCCUUCCCCGUCUAUCCACUUCGUACGUAACACACAGCAUGCAAGUGAACAU